AGGACUUGAAGCGGCGUGGUGGUGAGAUUCCGAACGGUGGAGGUGCUGGUGGGAGAGGCGACAAAGUGGCGAGGAAGAUUGACUUUGGUGCUAUGAAGUGAUGGCGGGAAUGAUACACCGAAGCUUUCACAUGCGUUGAGAAGAUUCUUCCGCAUGUGAGCUUCAUCUUCGUAUGUGCUCGCUCAUUACUUCUUCAACAACAUUGAAAGGCCUCGACACUCAUUAAAAACACUAUUCCCAUCACUUUGGCAGCCUGAGCAGACCCAGAUCCCUGGUGUGACCCUCAGCAACGUCGCCAGUAUGGCCGACGAAGUCAACUACCUGCGAUAUCGAAACAUCGUGCUCGAGACCGAGCUUCGCAUGGUCAAGGAUCAGCUCGCUCAAGCCCAGAGCGGAACACAGUAUCUCCUCCACUGUCUCAGUACCCAAUCCCAAUACGUGACCCACGAUCAUAAUCUCGCCAGCACAUUGGCUGCCAUCCCAACCUUCAGUGGCAUCGAACGUCACAGUGCUGGCCAACCACAGAAUCUCAGCUCUGCACAAGCCUCCUUCGAUCCGGGCAGCUCCUUAUUUCCUCACUUCCGCCCCCACCCCAGGAACCAAGACAGGGAUGAAUCGGAGCAAGAUCUACUCACGUUCAAUGAUCGAGGUGCUUCAUCCGCUGAAGCACGGGCGGCGGGUGAGCUCACGUCUGCAAGUGGUUCCAAUAGUACGCUCAUCGACAGCGAGGUCGUUACGCCAUUGACAGCUUUUGACCUGGAUAACGAGGACCAACUGAUUGCGCUCGAAGUUCACUCAGGAAACAGCUAUUUAACAGAGGACACUGUCGGGAAAUCAGGGUGUUUUCCAACUGACCUCCGCCCAGCCGCCUCCGCCAAUUAUGGUGAGACGCCCCUUGAGAAUUCCCGUGCCAACACCGCUGAGCAGCAACACUCGGACCAUUGCAACGUGGGUGGAUGGGUCGCGUGCCAACCGCCUAAACCAUCUGAGCCAGUGCUUAUCUUCGAUCGCCCCUUUGCCCAUCACGAGCACAAUCGUCUCAUGGGUGCCGCCGUCUUCAUCGAAAGUAUGACGGGAGAAGAGCGGGCAACGCAUUGGCGGGUGCUGGAGAAAGACUCAAACAGACAUACUGCGGCAGAUUGGAAGCAGUAUUACGACUACGUGGUCCGGCCUGCUUUUCUGGCGAAGUAUGGCCCGCAAGACUCUGGAGAAGAAGGGCAGACGAAGGACAAAAUGAUUGAAAGAGAGCCAGACAAAGAACACGAGCUCGAGAGGAUCCUCGACACUUAUGGCACAGGAGGGCUGAAAGCUUCGAGGUGGGCAUUUACAGCUCGACAAUCUGAAUCGGACAUGUCUCGUGCCGACGAGGGGGCCAAUCAGAGACCCAACUCCCCUUCGGCUGGUGGCGUGGGAGACGAUACACAUCCCCUGGGUUUGAUGGUGCAACGGAUCGACUCUCCCACGAUCACACCGGGGUCUCAAUCUGACACGACACAGAGCGGUGAGAUGAUGGAAGCCUCACACGCCAAUUCCGUCAAAAGCUCGGCUCCCAUGUCUACCCAGCAAACCUCGACGGUGGUAGAGCCGGUCCAUGUACACGGAUCGAGAGGUAUCGUUGGCGAAGGCUUGCCCGAGUUUACAUUCGAUCCAUUCAAGCAACGUCCAGGGCCUCGACCCUCUAAUCCGACCAUCUGUCGGUCAUUCGGCAACGCCUCUCACGUCCUUUACAAGUUUAAUUGUAAAGACGAAAACCUCUUCCGAACCAUGCUGAUCAGCAAUAUCCCGGCCAACAUCACUCUGACCGACAUCCUCUCUGCGGUCCGCGGCGGCAAGAUAGUGUCCACGCGGUUCUUCGAGACGGUUGGGAUGAGAACGAACCCACCGAUCCAAACAAAUGCCGCGACGAUCGAAUUCCUUGGAUCCAAUGCCGCCAAAGCAUGCGUGGAUUUCGUGAAAGCGAAUCCAAUCCGAUUCUGGUCCACUACGGAAGAUGCACCGGUUCAAGCGAAGGUCGAGAUGCUGAGAAUGGCACCGACCCGACCACUCGACCCACAAUUGCUUGCAGACUUCAGAGAAGGCCUUACGCGCGUGCUCUUCAUCAUCGAUACGGAUGCACGGUGGACGGCAGAGCAGAUCGUUUCCGAAUUCGUGCGCGGCGAAGUGACUCGGCCACUAAAAGCUGGUCGAGACGAAGAUGGAAUUCUGUUCUUCGAGUUCGGGGACGCCAAAAGCGCUGGAGAAGCGUGGAGGGUUGUCGACCGGUGUUACUGGUUCUUUGGUGGUGCACAGAAGGGCUUCUUUCCCGAUCCUUGUGCAGGAUCGCUGGAAGAGGUGAGGGGGGUAGGGGUAGUUGGGAAGACGGAAGACGGUGUGCUGGGCAAAGACGAGGGUCAGGCUUGAGGAAUGAUAUGCUAUGGACUCUCCAAGCGCGAAUAUCUAUCCGUCCCCGGAAAAGGCUUAGGCUAAAGAUUGACGAGUAAAUUG